AUGGCCGCUUCGGUGGAUCUGAGCAAAGUCGGAGCCAAUACCGUGAAGUACGCGGCCAACGGGGAGGUGGUGGAGCUGAGGAGUUUGUGGAAGGACCAGCCCUGCGUGGUGUUGUUCCUGCGCCGUUUCAGCUGCCAGGUGUGCCGUUGGAUUGCCAAGGAAGCCAGCAAGCUGAAAGAACCGCUGGAGAGCCACGGGGCCCGCUUAGUCGGGGUUGCGCCUGAAAGUGUGGGUCUCAAGGACUUUCUGGAUGGGAAUUACUUCAAAGGAGAGCUCUAUCUGGAUGAGACCAAACAGUGCUACAAUGAUCUCGGCUUCAAAAGGUAUAACGCCUUAAGCAUCGUUCCUGCUGCUUUGGGGAAGCCUGUUCGGGAAGUCGCCAGCAAGGCAAAUGCUGAGGGCAUUCAUGGCAACUUCAGUGGGGAUCUUUUACAGAGUGGUGGGAUGCUGAUCGUCAGCCAAGGUGGAGAGAAAGUCCUCUUGCAUUUCAUACAGGAGUCCCCGGGCGACUACGUUCCCUUGGACACCAUAACCAAGACCCUCGGCAUCUCAGCAAAUUCAGAAGAGGAGACAAGGCCUCAGUGUAACAAAGAAGUUUGUACCGGAUGA